CCUGGGCCAGGCGGGCGGGACACUCGGGAGCCGGCGAACACUGCAAAAGAACUUGCUUUAAAGGUUUGAAGGUCAACCUCUUCUCUCCUUCAGUCAGUAUCCCACUACUGUAACGUGUUGUGUUUCUGGGUUUGCACAACAGAAGAGUGGUGCUUGGACCCAAGAAACCAUGUUCAGCUUCAGAUGCAUCCGGAAGUUACUACAGUAUGUGAAGUUUUAUUUUUUUUUACUUAUGGAGAACAUGUUCUCUAUAUUUCCUCUACGCAAAAAAUGUUUUGCUGGUGAAAUAGUACUUAUUACUGGCUCUGCAAAUGGAAUUGGAAAGCGGGUUGCCUCAAAAUUGGCUCCCUUGGGAGUAACCUUGGUUCUUUGGGACAUCGAUGAUGAAGGCAACAAAGAAACAAGCAGAUUAGCCCAACAAAAUGGAGCCAACCGGGUGUUCACCUACCACUGUGACUGCAGCAGUAGGGAGGAUAUCUAUGAACAGGCAGACAAGGUUAGAAAAGAAGUUGGGGAUGUUACUAUUCUAAUCAACAAUGUUGGCAUAAUGAUCGGGAAAAAGUUCUGUGAGCUUACAGAUGAAGAAUUUGAAAAGACACUCAGAAUCAACUUCUUUUCUCAAGUCUGGACUUGCAAGGCCUUUCUUCCAGCCAUGGUGGCCUGUAACCGUGGACACCUGGUUAGCACAUCCAGUGCAGCUGGAUUAAUGGGAUUCUACAGGUUGUCAGAUUAUUGUGCAAGUAAGAGUGCAGUCAUUGGAAUGAUGGAAGCCAUAAAUUCAGAACUGUAUCAUGGAGGAAAAUGUGGCAUUAAAACCACAAUCAUUUGUCCUUAUUUUAUUAGUACUAGGUUAAGCAAAGGCUUCAAAAGCGCAAAACCCUGUUUGCUUCCUGUUUAUGAUCCAGAGUAUGCAGCCAGCAGGAUUGUGGAUGUAAUUAAAAAGGAAAAAUUUUAUCUGAUCAUGCCUCCAGCUGUAUACUUACUUGGUCUCAGAAUUUUCAUUCCUAGAAAAAUAGCGUUAUUCCUCGAGUCUUACAUUAAGUUCCCUGAGAGCAUGGAAGAAGCCUUCGGUCAGAAAAAAAAGGAUUGAAACGAAAAGAAUUCUGAAGACCUCAAGUGCCAUCUAAUUGAACAUUUUCAGUAAAAAAUCAUUUUAAAUCAUAUUCAUUCCUUGACAAAUAAAUUACUUCAUUUAUGCUAUUUUACAUUGGUCAGCAUGCCAUUGAAUUCUUCUGUCUUUUAAGUCUUUAUUGGCAAUUUUCUGAGAAACUUUUGAAAAAUCACUAAAAUUUAAUAUUAAUUAGGUAUUGAGUGACCAAGUAACAACUUUGCAUGGACUGUACUGUUUUCAGACUGAAACUUCAAUGAGGUAUCCUGUUAGUGUGGAACACAAUUUUGUUGUAAAGCAUGGGAUAAUGAAGACAGGAGGAAUACCUCAUGUACUUUUGGAAAUUACAGUGAAAUUCUCCUUGUAUUAGAAGAGAAGUCACACACGUGUUCUUCAACUGUCUUCAAAUGAAAUUAUAACCUAAAUGUCCUAAAGAACAAAAAAUGUCCCCAAUAGCAGAAGUUUGAAGAUUAGUUACACAAAAUAUGUGCUGGUACUUAAUUAUAAAAAUCAAUCCUCAUGUAAAUUUUCAGAAAACACUAACAUAAAAUGUUCAUAAUUGGCUAAAUUUAAAAACAAAUAAAUAAACUACACAGAAGAAUAGUGAAUCUACAAAGCCUAGUUUAUCAAACCCUAAGGAAUUACAGAGAACAUUUAAUAGUCAUCUACUGACCACGUUUGCCAUCAAAAUUCAAUUGUACUUAACUAAACUCAUACUUAAAAGCUCCCAAAUACACAUAGUUAUGAGAGUACACACUACUGAAAACCCUGUUUCCAAAUUAUGCAUUCAAUAAAUUAUUUCAUGUACCAGUAGAUAUUACAGGGAAACUUUUCUCUGAGAGAAAGAAAAAGAUAUCUGAAUUUUGGCUCUUUGGAAACUAAGGUUUAUUGAUUUACAUUGUGUAAAACUCUCUAGGUGAUGAGUAAUCAAAUAUUAUUUUCUUCUUAUUAAUGAGACAGCAAAGUCUAAAUUGCUUCCUGCAAAUACCAAUCAUUUUCUCAAUUGUAGGCAAAUAUGCUGAGUAUUGGGACUCCCUUGUUCUGCAUGAAUGUUACAAUUUGGCUCUAGAUCAAUGAUCUAGAUUACAAGAGUCAAUGUAAAUUGACAUGACAUUAUGUUUGUGACUAUAUUGUGGGCCUGAACAUCUUAAUGCAUAAUUGCUGGUGCUGCAGAGCUUAAGAACACGCUCGUGAAGUGAGAAAAAUGUAUUUAAGGAUGAUUUGUGAAAUGAGACUCAUACUUGAAGUAGUGUCAUAUGCUAGUGAUAUUAAUAUAUGGUGGACUAUCCAUCAUUUAAAUGUUAAAGGUUUCAGGAUGAAAUAUUUGCAGGCAAGGAGCUCAGUGUAAGGGUUCACCUUUCAGGAUGCCUUUCUUGUUUUCAGUUUUUUUCACUAAAAUAUAUCAACCUUACCACCUACAUCUGCAGUUGUAAGUUCACUGACCAUAUAGGCUAGGCAGGACAUGCUUAGGUUAAGAACAAUGUAAAGGGAAUAAUACCCUAUUUUCUAAACUAUAUUUCACCAGUUUUGCACAACCACCCUGCAAAACCUUAUUCUGUAUUGCUGCAACCUCAGCCAAGGGUGCUUUUGGCUCCAUAUUAUUUUCAGGCUAAUCUGCUUGUCUCAAUAAGGAAUUUGUAAAGCUUAUACUUUCUAAGUCUCACAGUGAUCUGCUAGAUCUUCUUAUCAAUCCUAAAAAUCAGGAUUACAGAUAACUCACUCUUUUCCAUGAAAAUACCAAGAAAACAGUUUCAGGGUUUGGGGCUGGUUGUUCUUGGUGGUGUUUGGCGGGGAUUAGCUUCGUCUGUCUUGUGCAGAAAUGUGAUAGAUCCAGUAAUACAAUUCUAAAACUGUAAGCCAAAACCUUCCUAUUAAAGCUCAGAA